GUAAAAAUAGAACCCAUAUUUUUUUAUUCUUUUUGUUUUUUGCCGAUAGUUCUCUAUUCUGUUAACCCCAUUCGUAAUCUCUCAGCACUUUUUAUGGUUAUCUCAAUAAUUGCAUGACACCAUUACAAUUGGUCGUGUUUUCGCACGUUGUUCUUUACUGGUUCUAAAUAUUAUCGUCAAAUUCGUUUCGUUCACGAAAUCCUUAAAAUAAAGAAUCGGCACAUAUAUUUGAAAUAAAAUGGCGUGGAAAAAAUUGUUUGUCAACUCAGGAUAAAAGUGAUGGAUUAGGAACAUUAUUUUUAACAAUUAAUACGAUGGAAGGUCACCAUUUAAGAUGAAAUGCCAAAAGGAAUUAUGCGGAGCAGAGAUUCCAGCUGGAGUCAAAUUCUGUACAGAGUGUGGUACUGAAGUGCAGAUGACAGCUCCUGAUAUUAAGACAACACUAUGUCCAUCCUGUAAAAAUAUUGUAACGGAAGGAUUUAAAUACUGUUGCAGCUGUGGAGGGAGAAUUGACCCUGCUCUUUUUGUAGACAUAGUUUGCUCUGGUACUACUGAUAAUGGAGAAAAGUGCAACACAGUUUUGACUUCUGGUACCAGCUUCUGUCCUUCUUGUGGAAUAUCUCAUAAAUCUAAUAUCAGCAAUAAUUUAGCAGGAGAUGCAUCAUUAAAGUUAGGUUUACACAUUACUCAUCAGAAGGGACACACCUUUGAUGAAACUAAACCUCUUGUCAAGAAAGAACGUGACAGUUCAGAAUAUAGUAGAUCAGAUUUCUGGGAAGCUCUUACUAUCAAACAAGAGCUUCAUGAUGAUAAAACUGAACCAGAGCCUCAUGAUGAUAACAAUGAACAAGAGCCUCAUGAUGAUAAAACUGAACAAGUGUUAGAGCCUAAUGAUGAUAAAACUGAAUCAGUAAAAGAUAAUGUUGAAGAUCAAAAUCAUAAAGAGAAUAAAGAGAAUAAAUCUAAUAACAUGGAACAAGAAGAUACAGUUAUACUUAUAUCUGAUGAUAAAGAGAAUACAGAGAGGAACUAUAAUAAGAUGGAACAAGAAGAUACAGUUAUUCUUAUAUCUGAUUCUGAUUCAGCUGAAGAUGGAGAUCCCAAUAAUAAUGAAAUGACUGCAAAAACAUCUAAACGAAAAACUGAAGAGAAAGGUGGACUGAUAAAAAAGAUUAAGACAGAAAAAGACCAGAAUGAUGACAUUGCAAAGUCACAUGGGAUUGAAGUGGACCAAUAUGAUAUUCAAGAGUCUGGAACCGGUGAAGACCCUCCUUUAGAAAACACUUAAUAUAUGAAUCUUACAGCCAUAACAGAUAGUAC